GUAAAAAAAAUAAAAAUUUCAUAAUUAUACAAAUAUAAUUAAAUAUUAAAACAGGAGAUGGGCUGUAAUCCUCUAUCUAAUCUGGUUUUAAAUAGCUUAGAAAAGGUAGGGACAUCAUGCACAUCCUAAGUGUUUUGAUGAUGUUUCCUCAUGUUUCUAGCAUGUCUAUGUUUCUCAUAACUAUCCUUGCUAUUAUCAUCAUCUCGACCGUAAUGGCAAGACCCUCUUUCUUUACUUCCAAAUCUUCAUCAUCUCAAGAUUUAGAUUCUUCCUAUAAGGUGAAAUUCAAGAGCCUUCGACCAAAGUUGUAUGGAGAUUACGGGUUUUGGAACCCUAGCCCGGUUUAUGGAGGCGGUUUUCCGUAUCCUGGGCCAGUUCCUCAUGGCAGUGUAGAUUCGAAACAGAGACAUAAGAAGCCACAAUGAACCCAGAAGUUAUGUUUUAUAUGUUCUUCAACUUUGUUACUUGUGGGUAAAGCGUUUGGUAUAUUGGUGGAUGGUGGUCUAUGAAAAAGUUAGUGCUAAGGCAUGUAUACUUACGGCAUAUGAACAAUGUAUUCGCUUGUGUUUGGUCAUAGACAUAUACAGAGUAUUAGUCAUACACACAUUUUGUUUCACUCUCUUGGUAAACCAUGUAUCUAUAAAUGUAAUACUUCCUCCGUUUCGAAUUACUUAUCGU